UACAGAUUAGUCCACAAUCUAUUGUUAUGUAAGGUUGUUAAAAGACCCCGGAUGAUGUUAGGGGAAAAAACAAUAUUUUCAGAAGUAGAUUAAAAUUAAACUGACAAGGUAACAAAACCGUCGUACAUAUUUCUGCAGUAAGAAAUUGCGACGCGUGGUGUCAGUGCACUGCAAACCAUCGAGUAUCUUGUCCUUUUUUCUUUUUUUUUUUGCGGUUCAAAUUCUUUAUUAGUGUACGCCGUUCGGAUGCUGCGGGAUUUCCCCUUUGCUUUGCGUUUUAAAUGGGUUGAAUAUUUGUAAUGUUUGCAUACGUGGAUAUACUGUACACCUGGCUGCCAAGUCUCUGACGUUCAAAUCAAGAAGAUUUUUGUCCCUGUUCGUAUAUUACAUUAUGCUCGAGUUUACUAUGGAACAAAGGAGACGCGUACCAAGAAGGCUGGGCCAGUAUUUGGCUGGAUGCAUCAUUACUGUGCUUUUAUUGAGUGGAGUCUCAGCCCAGUUAAAAUAUUCGAUCUCCGAGGAAGUAAAUGAAGGAACUGUGGUCGGAUAUAUCGCAAAGGAUCUGGAGUUGGAUAAAAGCACACUCAAAGACAGAAAGUAUCGGAUUGUUUCAAAUGAUGCGGAACCUCUUUUUCGUGUAAAUCAAGACGAUGGAGUCCUUUAUGUCAGCCAAAAGAUUGACAGAGAGAAGGUGUGCUCGCAAAGUAGUACGUGUUUAUUAAACGUGAAAACGGUACUGGAAAACCCGCUGGAGGUGCACUACGUCGUGGUAGAGGUGCUUGAUGUAAAUGACCACUCUCCAAUCUUCCAAGAGAAUGAACUCACGCUGGAAAUUUCUGAAUCCGUGUUUUCCGGAGCACGAUUUCAGCUGAAAGCUGCAAAAGAUCCAGAUAGUGGCCGUUUCUCUGUGCAGCAGUAUAAACUUAACCAAAAUGAUCAGUUUCGAUUGGAAGUUAAGGAUAAAGGUGAUGAUGGGAAAAUACCUAUUUUAAUCGUACUAAAACCUUUAGACAGAGAAACAGCAAAAAAACACUCCCUAGUACUCACAGCUAUGGAUGGAGAUAAACCUCCAAAAACAGGUAGUAUGAAUAUCCAGAUACAUAUUUUAGAUGUAAACGAUAAUGUUCCGGUUUUCUCCAGCGAUGCUUAUUCUGUGACGCUAAGAGAAAAUGCCCCAUUGGGAACAACAGUCGUACAGGUCAACGCAACCGAUUUAGAUGACGGAACAAACGGAGAGGUGAUUUAUUCACUCGGCAAGAGCAUGAAUCAGCAAGCUUUAAAUAUUUUCGACAUUAACCCGUUAACUGGAGAUAUAACUGUCAAAGGUUUAAUAGACUACGAAGAGAGAGAUAAAUAUGAAAUUGAAAUUGAGGCAUCUGAUAAAGGAAUUGCUCCUCUUACUACUGAGAAAAGUGUUAAUAUAAAAAUUAUUGAUCUGAAUGAUAACGCUCCAGAGAUAGAAGUUACUUCAUUUUCUAGCUCAAUUCCUGAAGACUCCCGACCUGGAACUACAGUCGCGCUUAUCAGUGUAAAUGAUUUGGACUCUGGUGUUAAUGGGAAAGUGAUAUGCUCAAUGAGUGAGGACAUUCCAUUUAGUUUAGCACCAACUAUUCAAGACACCAUAUUCUCGUUAGUUACCAAAUACCCUCUGGACAGAGAGAAACAAUCGCAUUAUGACCUAACGAUAUUUGCAAAAGAUGCAGGACAACCUCCACUGUCAUCUGAAAAAACAAUCAGCGUCGUGGUGUCAGAUGUGAAUGAUAACCGCCCAGAGUUUGUUUUGAGUCCAUAUACAUUUUAUCUUAGUGAGGCUAAUGAACCUGGGACGUCAGUAUUUUCGGUUAAAGCGUUUGACCGUGAUGAGAAUGAUAAUGCAAUUAUUUCAUACCAAGUUGUUAGAGGUGGAAAAGAGAAUGACAAAAUUACCUCAUUUCUCAACAUUAACUCUGAAAAAGGCGAGAUUGUGGCACUGAAAAGUUUUGACUUUGAAACUCUGAAAACUUUCCAGUUCCAAGAGGAGAACAUUGGAAGAGCCUCAGCGCAGUUGCGGUAUUCGAUCUCCGAGGAGGUAAAAGAAGGAACUGUGGUUGGAAACAUAGCAAAAGAUCUGGGUAUAGAUAAAAACAUACUGAAAGACAGAAAGUAUCGGAUUGUAUCAAGUGAUGUUGAUCCGCUCUUUAACGUGAAUCAAAACGAUGGGAUCCUUUACGUGAGCCGGAUCAUUGACAGAGAAGAGGUGUGUGCCCAGAGUAGUCGAUGUGUAAUGAAUGUUAAGACUGUGCUGGAGAAUCCGUUGGAGGUCCAUUACGUGGAAGUGGAAAUCCUGGAUAUAAAUGAUCAUUCGCCUAUUUUUUCGGACAAAGACAUUACACUGGAGAUAUCAGAGUCAGCGUUGCCGGGAGCCCGAUUUCAGCUUAAACCGGCCCAGGAUCCAGACAGCGGUGUGAUCGACUAUGAGGAUAAAGACGAAUAUGAAAUAGAAAUACAAGCAUCCGAUAAAGGUUUUGCUCCGCUAACAACAGAAAAAAGCGUGACCAUCAAGAUUAUUGACAUGAACGAUAAUGCACCUGAAAUUGAAGUUACUUCGUUUUCCAGCUCACUUCCUGAAGAUUCACAACCAGGGACAACUGUGGCUCUCAUCARUUUCCAAGUUGUCGCCACUGAUUCUGGGACUCCGUCACUCAGCAGCAACGUCACAGUGAACGUGUUCAUUCUGGAUCAGAACGACAACGCUCCAGUCAUCCUGUAUCCACUCAGCUCCAAUGGUUCUGCUGAAGGUGUGGAGGAGAUUCCACGUAAUGUGAACGCAGGACACUUGGUGACUAAAGUCAGAGCCUAUGACGCUGAUAUAGGAUAUAAUGGCUGGUUGCUGUUUUCACUACAGGAAGUUUCUGACCACAGUCUGUUUGGUUUGGACCGCUACACAGGACAGAUCAGAACACUUCGCUCAUUCACAGAGACAGACGAGGCUGARCAUAAACUGGUCAUACUGGUCAAGGAUAAUGGCAACGUUUCCCUCUCAGCAACAGCUACUGUGAUUGUUAAACUUGUGGAGCCCAAAGAAGCUUUUGCAGCUUCUGACGUUAAAAGUGCUGCAAAAGAUGAUGAGGAUGAUGAUGUGACUUUUUACCUGAUGAUCACUUUGGGCGCUGUUUCAGUUCUAUUUAUCAUCAGUAUCAUCGUGCUGAUUGCAAUGCAGUGCUCCAAAUCCACAGACUAUACUUCUAAAUGUCUCCAAGAGGCUAAUUAUGAUGGGACACUGUGUCACAGCAUCCAGUACAGAUCUGGAGAUAAACGCUACAUGUUAGUUGGACCCAGAAUGAGCAUUGGAUCUACUAUAGUACCUGGAAGUCAUGCAAAUACACUAGUACUUCCUGACAGGAGGAGAACGUUGGAAGAGCUCCACUUGUUCUUGCUGGUUUUGAGAUAG